CAAAGCCCCGCAGCCCGCAGCCUCGCCCCGCCGUCCACUGACGCCGCGGGUCCCGCAGGACGGCCGGGGCUGGCGCUGUGCGCGGGCUGCGGGGGCCGCAUCCAGGACCCGUUUCUGCUGCGGGUGUCUCCGGAUCUGGAGUGGCACGUCGCCUGCCUGAAGUGCGCCGAGUGCGGGCAGCCGCUGGACGAGACCUGCACGUGCUUCCUGCGGGACGGCAAGGCCUACUGCAAGCGGGACUACGGCAGGUGACCCGCUCGUUCUAAAACGAAACGAAACGAACCCGAACCGAG